AUGGCGCGUCCUAAGAAUACAAACUCUGCAAACGAAAUCAAAAAGCCCCAUCUCAAGUUCUUUCACAAUGGGGGAUACAACUCAGGAGCGGCGCGAUUCCCAACCACUUCCGUCAACGUUUCUAGCCAAGUUCAGUCAUUGUCUUUCGGACCCAAGCGGUUAGCUGCUCUUUGUGGAUGCAAACAUACUGGACGAAAUAACAGUUGA